GACAGCAAGACGUUUUAAAGAAAAAACGGAAUAUACUUAUAAUCGAAAAUUUAACUUAAUUAGAGGAGAAUUUCAUAUUUGACAAUUAUGUUAUCCAAUAUGAGAAGUAAGCGUAUUACUGGCCUACAUCUGUGUGGUAAAAACAUGGGUCCAAUGUCCAGAUUGCCACCAAAAUAUUCUGAUGAAGAUUGGGAUUAUAAUAAUAAAAUGAAAUUUCGAAUAACCUGUGACCAAGAAAGGAUGGCCGAACGUAUUGUGGAGGAAUCUCGCCGGGUAGUCGACGAUGUUAAUGAUACAACUCGUAAUUGGCAACGUGAAGUUGAACACCAUUUACGCGAGAGAGCCAGCGAAAUACGCUUUCUUUGCGACGAACUAAAUAAACAGAAGAAAACCGCAUUGUUGGAGGAUGAAGCUCUGAACACUUAUCGUUGUCGUGUCAUCAAUGCCAUCGGAUUCCUAAAGGAAAAGUCCUUAGCAAUUUGCCAACGUUGUUUAGUUAUACGAGAGGGUCGUUUAGGUGUAGAUCUAUGUGAAGAUGAAGUAGAUCGCAAUUUACGUCGUGAACUAAAAGUUAUCAAAGGGUGUCAAUGCCUAAUGGAUAAAGCUUUGAAGGAAACAAAUGAACAGUUGCGUAAAUUACGUGCAACAAUGUAUUUGUUAGAUAAAGAUUUGGCGCAAAAGGAUAAAUCUCUCUUGAUCGACGAAAAGAACUUGACUCUAAGAGAUUCACAAAAUUUACGAGGCGGUGAUUUAGCCCACCAUCAUUGCCAAUAUUCAUUAGGUGAAUGGCAGCAUACAACUUAUAAAAAUCUAGAGUGUAACGCAAAGGAAUUAAAUUCCGCCGCACAACUUAGAGCCUAUAUUGAUCUAUUACUAAAACAAGUUUGCGAAGAUAUGGAGAACCAAACUGAUCGCACUAAUGAAGCUUUCGAACAUCGAAUUUGCGAAUUGCGACAUGUUAAAAAAUGUUUGGAAAAUAAGCACAGUGACACUAUGAAUCAUAUCAACGAGGUACAAUCUAACAUAAAUGCUUUGGAAAAAGGUUUGGCCGAUAAACAACGAGCUCAACAAUUGUGCUUGACACGUUUAAGCAACCGUGCAACGCGUCCUGGUCUAGAAUUAACAUGCGACGAAGUGCAAGACGCUCUCUAUCACGAGCUUAAUGCUUUGAAAGCUUCGAUGUGUAAAUUAAAUCAAAAGAUACAGGAGAAUAAGGCUUCUUUGCGUUAUUUGUUACAUGUCCAAGUAAUGCAAGAAGAGGAAAUAAACAUCAAAUCGAAUUCCAUAAAAAUUGAUGAAGUCGAUUGCAUGACUAUACGUCAAGCGUUGAAAUAUUCAUCAUUUUAAACAGAAUUGUUGAAAUUUACUCAACAUAAUCACAAAUUUUCAAAUCACUGCACUUCAAAGAAACAGCAUAUUAAAACAUUUUAUCACCAGAUUUAUUACACUACCAUUUUUAAUUUUUUGGAAUUUUGCAAAAUGUUUAUGUAUUUGUAGAAACUUUUUUAAAUUUUAAAAUAAACUUUAACAUUUGGUACUCAC